AUGUUUCCACUUUGCUGCGGCGUGAGCAAGCUGUGGCAGUUCGCGGCUUCUCCAACAGUACCCAGCCCUCUCUCACUGGAAGAGAAGGUAUCAAUGCCUAGUGGUAUUUCAGCAAUGAGCACAAAACUAAGGAGCAGAAUGACUGGACCAAAUAUUUUUAAAGAAUAUAUAAGCUCCCAGAUGCUUUCAGGAAGAGGGUUUUCAGCCAGUUCAGAUCUUCCUCCUCAUCAAGAGAUUGGAAUGCCUUCUCUUUCACCAACAAUGACUGAGGGUAACAUUGCCAGGUGGCUGAAGAAAGAAGGUGAUAAAGUUGCUCCUGGUGAAGUGCUUUGUGAAGUUGAAACUGACAAAGCAACCGUCGAAAUGGAAUGCAUGGAAGAGGGUUAUCUCGCCAAGAUAGUAAAGGAGGAGGGAGCAAAAGAAAUUCAAGUUGGGGAGGUGAUUGCUAUCACAGUUGAAGAUGAAGAGGAUAUUCAGAAGUUUAAAGAUUACACCCCUUCAUCUAAUACUGGUCCUGCUGCUCCUGAAGCAAAACCAGCUCCUUCCCCACCAAAAGAAGAGAAAGUAGAGAAGCCUGCCAGUGCUCCUGAACCCAAGAGUUCUAAGCCAAGCUCGGUUUCUUCAGGAGAUCGUAUUUUUGCUAGUCCUCUCGCAAGAAAGCUGGCUGAGGAAAAUAAUGUACCUCUCUCAAGCAUCGAAGGCACAGGACCUGAAGGACGGAUAGUGAAGGCUGAUGUCGAAGAUUUCUUAGCUUCACGCGGUAAAGAAACUACUGCCAAGCCUUCCAAGGUCACCGAUUCAAAGGUUCCAGCAUUGGACUAUGUUGACAUCCCUCACUCUCAAAUAAGAAAGGUUACAGCCUUACGUUUAGCAUUCUCAAAGCAAACUAUUCCUCACUACUACUUGACGGUGGAUACUUGUGUUGACAAAAUGAUGGGUCUUAGGAGUCAACUCAAUUCAUUCCAAGAGGCUUCCGGUGGCAAACGGAUAUCUGUAAAUGAUCUUGUUAUUAAGGCUGCUGCAUUGGCUCUACGGAAAGUUCCUCAGUGCAAUAGUUCAUGGACAGAUGAAUAUAUCCGCCAAUUUAGCAAUGUAAACAUCAACGUUGCAGUACAAACAGAAAACGGGCUUUAUGUUCCUGUUGUCAAGGACGCAGACAAGAAAGGAGUAUCCACAAUUGGAGAAGAGGUUCGAUUCUUGGCUCAAAAAGCAAAAGAAAACAGCUUGAAGCCUGAAGAUUAUGAGGGAGGAACAUUCACAGUCUCUAACUUGGGAGGACCUUUUGGCAUCAAACAGUUCUCUGCUGUCAUCAAUCCACCUCAAGCUGCCAUUCUAGCAAUCGGAUCAGCUGAAAAGAGGGUUGUUCCGGGUAGUGGUCCUGACCAAUUCAACUUCGCUUCUUACAUGACUGUAACACUAAGCUGUGACCACCGCGUAAUAGAUGGUACACAUCCACCUCCCACUCCUAUGCCAUUAUCAUCAGCAUCUCAUCGAAAGCGUCUAAUAAGUCAAUGUCCUUGUGCAGGUGCUAUUGGAGCUGAAUGGUUGAAAGCAUUCAAGGGUUACAUCGAGACCCCAGAAUCUAUGUUGCUCUAA